GUCAAGGUCGAAUGAUCAUGUUCACUCGAUUUUAUGCCUGAACUCGGCGGAUGAUCAUGUUUAUACAUCAUAUGUAUACAAAUUGUUUUCCUUGCAACAUCUUGACAUGAAAUACUUUUUAAUUUUUGUCAAACAAAACGAAUUAGACCAUCGCGACCAUCGCCAACAAAUUCGUUGCUAUCGCAUCUCCGAAAAACCGAGAGUAAUCAGAAAAAAAAGAACUCCCAACAAUUCAUUACAAAUUGUCCGGAAAAAGUAUGAAUUCCCGUGAAUUCCUCGAAUGGUUAUGGAAUCGAGGAGGAACAAAAUUGAAUCGUCAUAAGAAUGACGUUUUAAAAUUUUCUCAUGGUUUCGGCAAAGGUUUCGGCUAUAUUCUAAAUCGUUCUACAUUUUUUUUUUGUGCAAUACAGCAUUCAAGAUAAUUUUCAACCCCUGUCGAAUAUUUUUGUUAAAUUUUAAAUACAAGCUUAGCAAAAUCAAAAUAGUGUUUCCAUGGCUAAAGCAAAUAAGGGUCAGGGAGCAAGUAAGUCGGGGGAGGUUAUAACGAUAUUUGUGGGUCAGGCUGGGGUGCAGAUGGGAAAUGCGUGCUGGGAACUAUUCUGCUUAGAACAUGGUAUAAAGCCGGAUGGAUAUCUGUGCGAGGGGUUCAAAGUCGUCGAUAAGACUUUUCAGAAGUUCUUCGCUCCUUCCCAAGCUGAAAAAUUGGUACCUCGAACGCUUAUAGUAGAUCUCGAGCCAACGGUAAUCAACCAGAUCAGAACUGGCCCCUAUAAAAAUCUCUUUGAUCCUGCUACUCUGAUAUCUGGCAAAGAAGAUGCUGCGAAUUGUUACGCCAGAGGCUACUAUUCAGUCGGUUCCGAAUCCAUCGAUCUCGUCCUUGAUCGCAUUAGAAAAGUGGCUGAAGGAUGUCCAAAAUUAUCAGGGUUCAUCGUUUUUAGAUCUUUUGGCGGCGGUACCGGAAGUGGUUUCUCUACUCUUUUGUUGGAACGAAUAACUGCCGAUUAUCCGAAUAAAUUUAGACUGGAUUUUGCAAUUUAUCCAGCCCCUCAUAUUUCAACGGUAGUUGUCGAACCCUAUAAUUCUGUUCUAACCACUCACGGUACUCUAGAUUUCGAGGAUUGCUGCUUCAUCGCGGACAACGAAGCAAUUUACGAUAUUUAUACUAAGCAUCUCGAAGUGGAACUACCGAAUUACAAGGACGUAAAUCGACUUUUAGCCCAAGUUAUUUCAAGUAUCACAGCUUCCCUUCGAUUUGAGGGAGCGAUUAACGUCAGCUUAGAAGAACUUCAAACGAACCUGGUACCUUAUCCCCGUAUUCAUUUCCCUCUGGUCGCAUAUUCACCAUUCGCAAGCCGCAAAAGAGCGCUUUCCAACCAAAUAGACGUCGCCCGUGUUACCAAUGAAUGUUUCGAGACCACGAACCAGAUCUUAAAGUGUGAUCCAAGAAAAGGAGCUUAUUUGAGUUGCUGUUUACUGUACAGGGGAGACGUCAGUCCGACAGAUGUAAAUCAGGCGACUCAGUCGUUGAAAGAAUCGAAACAAAUAAACUUCGUCGAUUGGUGUCCGACGGGGUUCAAGUUGGGAAUAAAUUAUCAACCUCUUGUGACAGUUCCCGGUGGAGAUUUGGCAAAUACGCCACGUUCGGUUGUGAUGUUGAGUAACAAUACGGCUGUGAAACACGCGUGGUCACGUAUUGGUCACAAAUACGACCUUAUGUACCAACAAAAGGCCUUUCUUCAUCAUUAUAUCUCCGAAGGAAUGGAAGAAAGUGAAUUUGAGGAUGCUCGGGAUGACAUAAAGACCUUAAUACAAGACUAUGAAGAAGUAACUACCUGAUGACUAUCGUUGCUUUAGAUGUUGUCAAGACAAAAAAUGAUUCACACGCAUCAAUGUAGUGAUACAUUUUUAUCGUUAAAGAUUUCACACCUCGUCCUUAUCGCUGCAGCCAUUCUAAUAAUUAUUGUUUUGUCGGUCUUGAUUUCAAAGGAUUACGCGUGCAGGCUUUCUAUGCUUAUAAAACUUGAGCAAAUAGUAACUGAAGCCAAUUGAGACAAAACAAAUAAAACAAAAUCAAAUAAAUGAAUAAAGGAGUUCGAAACACUGCGA